AAGCAUCGUUUGCCCUGAAAAACCUCCUUUUCUCUGGCUCUAGGGUUUUGGCGGAAAUGGCGACUAGUUUCAUCCGGUCCUUUCUCACCACCCAGCGAACGGAAAGACUAGUUUUAUGUCGCUUCUACUCUUCAACCUCUUUCCCUUCCCGUCCUUCUUCCGUCUCGACUAUCUAUACUUCAUUUCUCGUUCGCUACCGUCCACUUGUAGCUGUGCCAUUUAAUUUCAACAGGAUUUCGUCAUCACCUUUCAGAAGCUUUUCUACACGCCAGACUUCGUCGUCUAUUAGUGAUCCGAAUCCCAACUGGUCAAACAGACCACCUAAGGAGACCAUACUGCUAGAUGGGUGUGACUUCGAGCAUUGGUUGGUCGUCAUGGAGAAGCCAGAAGGAGACCCCACAAGGGACGAAAUCAUUCAUAGCUACAUCAAAACCUUGGCCAUGGUGGUUGGCAGCGAGGAUGAAGCUAGGAUGAAAUUGUACUCUGUUUCAACAAGACAUUAUUUUGCAUUUGGAGCUCUUGUAUCUGAAGAACUAUCUUACAAGAUUAAAGAAUUGCCAGGAGUUCGUUGGGUGCUUCCUGACUCAUAUUUGGAUGUUAGGAAUAAAGACUAUGGAGGGGAACCAGUUAUUGAUGGCAAUGCUGUACCGUAUGAUCCCAAGUACCAUGAAGAAUGGGUGAGAAAUAAUGCCCGUGCAAAUGAGAGAAACCGACGCAACGACAGACCACGCAACUUUGACAGGUCAAGAAACUUCGAUAGGAACCGCCAAAAUAUGUCACACAACAUGGGAGGAGGAGGAGGUGCACCACCAAACAUGUCCAGUCCAGGCAACAACAUGGGAGGUGCACCACCACCAAACAAUAUGUCGGGUCCACCACAAUUCAACAUUGGUCAAACAGGACCUAACAAUACUGGAGGAGGAAUGCCCCCAAAUAACAUAGGUCAAACAGGUCCUCAUUAUACUGGGGGAGGAAUGCCAUCAAACAAUCAACAAAAUGGCCAGUACAGAAAUGGACCAAACUAUGGAGGAAUGCCGCCACCCCAAAACAGAGAUUAUCAGCAGCAACCUAAUAAUAACUAUGUACCAAACAGGUCUGAUGGAAACAACCAAUAUCAACAGCAGCAGCCUAACUAUGUACACAACAGACCUCCUCAGGAAGGGAACCAAUAUAAUCAGCAUCAGCCUAAUUUUGUAGCAAACAGAUCUGAAGGGAACCAAUAUAAUAAUCAUCAACAACAGAAUGUGCCUGGAAGAGAUGGGCCACCAACAAAUUAUCAAUGAAAAAUGCUCUUGUUAUUUCUUUGCUGCGAAUUUUUAAUAUAUUUGCUAUGCUUUUUUGCGCAUGUAUUCAUGUUUUAAUUUUUUGUAGUACAUGAUGAAUCUACUAUCUUGUUUAAUUUGCAAGUUUUUAACUUGCAUCAAAUCAAAGUGUCAUUUUGUAGGUAAGAAUGGUAGAGAUAAUUAUUAUACAUCUUCCUUUUUCAAGUUUGGGUAUUA